AGCCUGUCAGACAGAGCUCAGGUGACUCUCUGCUCUCGGACUGUGUUUCCGCCCUGCUGAUGUUUCGUCUCUCAGCAGCAGCCGUCAGUCUGAUGUUGGCUCUGUUAGCUUGUGUUAGCCUGUGUUAGCCUGUGUCAGUCUGUGUGAGCCUGAGCCGACGGAAGAGGAGCUCAGAGUUAUUCCUGAACUUUCAGAAGAAUCAAACGGACUCUGUAAGCCUCUCUGUCUGCUCCGGACCGAGCUAGCUGCUAGCUAACACACUCUUUUUAGGCUAACUAGCGUUAGCUGCUAGCUCCCUCUGCGUUAUUCUUCCAUGUAAGGCUAGCGCGCUAACGGAGCCAGCUAACAGUUCUUACCUGCUAGCUGUUAGUUUUAAUGACUGUUCAGACGAAGAACCGAUGAGGAGUUAUUAGCAUGGAAACACACCUGGACACAGAAUAACAGAGUGAGCUGCGUGUGGGACUUUAUCAGUUCACCUGCAGGUUCACACUGACAUCACUCUGAUCAGAGGUCAGAGGUCAGCUUCUCCGUGGCGUCCUGCAGACAUGCUGACGUAGGAUCAGCAGACAUAGGACUGGUGUCUGUUUGUUUAUUUGUUUGUUUGUUGUGAGCAUCAGAGACAUAGAUCAUGUCUGACAACGCGCCAAAUAACAACAACAAUGUCCCUCUGAACAACAACAACAACAACAACAUGGGGCCAAACCGAAUCAGGAACCCCAACAUGAACCAGAACCCGCUCAUCAACGUCCGGGACCCGCCUCUUCCAUGCCCUCUUUUCAAGAUGGCUGUCACCUACGCACGCCUGUUCCCCCCCUCCUUCAGGAGAGUGUUUGAGUUCUUCGUCCUGCUCAAGGCGCUCUUCGUCCUCUUCAUCCUCGCCUAUAUCCACAUCGCCUUCUCUCGCUCGCCCAUCAACUGUCUGGAGGCGGUAAGGGAGCGCUGGCCACGUGAUGGCAUCCUACGUGUGGAGAUCCAGAGGAACUCCAGCCGGGCGUCUGUCUUCCUGCAGUACUACGACUCCUCCGGACUGCAGGAGGAGCUGGAGACCGAGGAGGGGGGAGGAGGAGGUUUGGCAGGGCUCAGCCUGGCUGCACUGCAGGAAGAAGAGGAGGACGAGGAGGAGAUGACCCUGGAGAUGUUUGACAACAGCUCCGUACAGUUCGAGCUAGACAUCGAGCCUCGUCUAAAGCCAUCUCUGAUUGGAGGAGGCGCAGGAGGAGGCGCAGGAGGAGGAGCGGGGGGAGGAGUCAAUGACAGCCAGGACGUCUCCUUCACGACCACUAAAGGUAUGCAGCCACUGAGGGACUCAGUGUCUGAGCUGGAGAUGAUGACCAGAGCAGUGUGGCCUCAGGAGGAGUAGGUGGAGUAUUCUCUGGAGUAUGGCUUCCUGCGUCUCUCUCAGAGCACACGACAGAGACACAUCCCCGUCAUGGUCGUCACGCUGGACCCGAUGAAGGACGAGUGUUUUGGUGACGGUUUCAGUCGCUUCCUGUUGGAUGAGUUUCUGGGCUAUGAUGACAUCCUGAUGUCAAGUGUGAAGGCACUCGCCGAGAACGAGGAGAACAAAGGGUUCCUGAGGAACGUUGUUUCUGGAGAACAUUACCGCUUCGUCAGCAUGUGGAUGGCUAGAACAUCGUACCUGGCAGCCUUCGUCAUCAUGGUUAUCUUUACUCUGUCCGUGUCCAUGCUGCUCAGAUACUCGCACCACCAGAUCUUUGUCUUCAUUGUGGAUCUUCUACAGAUGUUGGAGAUGAACAUGACCAUCGCCUUCCCAGCAGCCCCUCUGCUCACAGUCAUCCUUGCUCUUGUUGGUGAGCAUGGAGGCAUCAUGUCAGAGUUUUUCAACGAUACGACGACAGCGUUCUAUAUCAUCCUCAUCGUCUGGUUUGGCCGAUCAGUAUGAACGCCAUCUGCUGCCCACACCAACACCAGCAAACGCCACUGGCUGAGGUUCUUCUACCUUUAUCACUUUGCCUUCUACGCCUAUCACUACCGCUUUAAUGGGCAGUACAGCAGCCUGGCACUCGUCACUUCCUGGCUCUUCAUCCAGCACUCCAUGAUCUACUUCUUCCAUCACUACGAGCUCCCUGCAAUCCUGCAGCAGAUCAGGAUCCAGGAGAUGUUGCUUCAGAACCAGCAAGCGGGUCAGGCCAAUCAGACAGCCCUACAGGACAACCUCAACAACAACCACACUGCUGCUGGACCAGGACCAGGACCGGGACCAGGACCAGGACCAGGACCAGGACCAGGACCAGGGCCCGGGAACAUCCCCCAGCCUGGAGCCAGCACCACCCCUGGGCCUCAGACUGAUGCCCAGCCCUCCUCCUCCCCUCCUGCUGCAGGAAGCGUGGGAGAGGUGAGGUCAGAGCUAAACUGGGUCGCUCAGACUGCCGCCCUCAUCACUGAAGCUCUGACCUCCUCCGCUCAAAACCCCCCCCCUCAGCUGAGGAGGAGCCCCAGGAGUGAGGAGCCAGCAGGAGCAGAGCUCAGUGUGGCUGAGUUCUGGAUGGGAGGAGCAAGAGGAGCAGGAGCAUCUGAAGGAGGAGAAGCAUCAGGGGCAGGAGAAUCAGAGGGAGGCGAAGUAUCAGGGGCAGGAGCAUUAGAGGAGGAGCAUUAGAGGGAGGAGCAGAAUCAGGAGCUGCUUCAGUGGAAGGAGAAGGAGCAUCAAGAGGAGAAACAAGCAAGGAUUCAGUAGAAAUUAAAACCUCAGCAACAGGAGAACUAAAUCCUCCAAUCAGACGGCCCCCUGCAGAGGAGGCGGGGCUCCCAACAGAGGAGACGGGGCUUUCUGAGGUGGCCCCCCCACAGACAGACUGCUCCCCCUCACAGAGUCCAGGAUCAGACUGCCGAGCAACACAGAGCCUGUCCUGAUAACAUAAUCACAACGUCACACCUCAGUCUGUCCAAUCAGGUCCCUGAUCAGUGAUCAGCUGAUUGAUCAGUGAUCAGCUUGGUUGUGAUUAUCUCUAUUUAAUUGAUACAGAUGGUCGAUUAGCUGACUGUUUACCUGAGAGGGCGGGAUCAGGUUAGCGAGACAGAAACCUGCUGAUCAGAGGGGUGCUGACCAAUGAAAAAGCUGAUUGAUUGAUUAUUGAUCAGCUGUUCGAAAGACAUGUGAGGUGUUUGGAAUGAAUCGGCUGACAUCACUAAUUCUACAAAAAAAACCUCUAUUGAUGAUUGAUGAGUUAUUGGUUUAUAGAUCAGCCAUGAGUGAUCAGUUAUUGGUUGAUCUGUUAUGGGUUAAUUGAUCAGUUAUUGAUGAUUGUUGAUGAUUAUUGAUCAGCCUGAUUUGGACAGACUGAAGCACAUUUUGAACUCUGUUGCUUUAUUUUCUUCGUGCUUUUGUUUUGAAGAAAGACUCUUAAAGAACAGGAAGUGGCGGUGAAGGACUGAUUGAUUAUCUGAUCAGGACUUCCUGUCAGAUUGGAUGCCUUAUCAAUAACCCUCAGCUGUCUGUGGACUCUUCAGCCGAGUGAGCUGAUUGGUGGUGCAAUAUGACGCCAGCUGUGUCACACAUCAGGCUCAGCCUCCUGUCAGGGGGCGUGGCCUGUCACUGUGAUGCGUUCAGUGGACUGAAGGUGAUGUGUUCAGGAACUCAUGAUCAGCUGGGAAACUUCAGCGUGGAACAGUGUGACUGGAACAGGAAACAAAAAACACUUUAUAGAAUAAACCUUUAUUAAUCGAUGAACAGGAAACACAAACAAACAAUAAUAAACUACAGUAAACAAAUUAAUAAAAGGAUGAAAAAUGAAACAGCUGUAACAAACUUCGUCUCACCUUCAGGUAAAGGUGAUCAUGUUUUAGAACAUGCUCAGUCCAAAGACAGUGACAGUGAUUAGUAUGAAUAAAGGUUGGUCAUGUGUG